AUGCGCCGGGGGCGGAGCGGGCACAGCGCGCUCAGCGUGCUGCCAUCCUUUGGAUUCCUCUUUGACAUCGAUGGGGUGCUGGUGCGAGGGAGGACCCCCAUUCCUGCUGCCAGAACAGCCUUUCGCAAGCUGGUCAACUCCCAGGGACAGUUCCUGGUGCCCGUGGUCUUUGUCACCAACGCAGGGAACUGCCUGCGCCAGGAAAAGGCUGACCAGUUGUCUCACCUGCUGGGGGUUCCAAUUUCCCAAGAUCAAGUGAUGAUGUCACACAGUCCUCUGCGGAUGUUCAAGCGUUAUCAUGAAAAAUGUGUCCUGGUAUCUGGACAAGGACCCCUUCUUGAUAUUGCUCAAGACCUUGGCUUCUGCCAGCCCAUCACCAUUGACACCCUGCGGGAGAAACGCCCUCUGCUCGAUGCAGUUGACCAUGACAGAAGACCCAAUGUCCUGUCCCCAUCUGCUGUGGAGCUUCCCAAGAUUGAGGCUGUGGUGCUGUUUGGGGAGCCAGUCAGAUGGGAAACCAGCCUGCAGCUGAUCAUCGACGUUCUGCUGACCAGUGGCUAUCCUGGAAAUCCCUACGGGCAGGAAAACUACCCUCACAUUCCUGUGCUGGCCUGCAACAUGGACCUGAUGUGGGUGGCUGAGGCACAGUCCCCAAGGUUUGGGCACGGAACGUUCAUGGUUUGUUUGGAAAACAUUUACAAGAAGAUCACUGGCAAAGACCUGAAGUACGAGGCGUUGAUGGGCAAACCCAGCAGGCUGACAUACCAGUAUGCAGAGCACCUGAUCCGGGCCCAGGCCCUGCAGAGGAGCUGGGAGCAGCCCAUCCAAACCCUCUAUGCUGUGGGGGACAAUCUGAUGACGGACGUGUACGGCGCCAACCUGUACAACCGCUACCUGGAGGAGAGCUCCAGCACGGGCCCCCGGCCGCGCCUCCAGGCCAAGGCUUCUGCAGGCACAGCCCCUGCCCUGCUCUCUCAGGACCACCAGCCCGGCCUCAGCUGGGAGAAGGAGCUGGCAUCUGCAGCUGCUGCCCACUGCAGGUCUGUGCUGGUCUGCACCGGGGUGUACAGCCCCCUGCCCAGCAGCGACAGCAUCGCCGGCAACGUGUUCCACGGGCACCGGGAUUUCAGCUUCGAGCCCGGCCUGGUGGAGCCAGACCACAUUGUGCCAGAUGUGGAUGCUGCUGUAGACCUGGUCUUCCAGCUGGAGAACUUUGCGCCUCAUUGAGGUGACAGGAUUUCUUAAGGACCACUCAGUGCUGUGCUUUUCUUGGCCAAAACACACUGUGCUUUACAAGAGUGCCACAAACUGCUGCCUUCUAAAUUUUUUAACCUCUCAGUUAAUACAAUCUUCUAUUAGAUAUGCUUAUCACUAGUAUAUGUAGGUACAUGUGUGUGUUUGAUUAUAUUAAAUGUCAAUAAUGCUUUUUAUAGUGCUUCUAAAUAUGUAAUUUAUGGCUGGAGUUGCCCUUUAUUGUCUUCCUCUUUGUUAUGUUAGGGACUCUAAUAGCAAUAUUUCAUAGUAACCUAUUAAUGUACUGGUACUUAAAUCCCUCCAUGGCAGUACCUCCUUUUGUUUGCUGGAAGAUUAAGCUUUUAGGUGUUGAGUAUCUUGAGGAUACCAGAGUGUGCUGCUGGGGUCACUCAGUCCAUUCCACGUGGGCUGUACAGAGCACAGCAUGUAUCAAUGCCUGGCGUUCUGCAAGUGCUGAAUGCUCCCUUCAAUCAGAGUGGAGUUCAAUCUCUUCCACUUUGGACUUGCUCUCAUCUGAGCUGCUGCUGCCUUUCCUUGUGUCUGUUGUCCCAUGUUCCUGGAGUUUUAUUGCUCCUCUCUGCUAUGUGAAGCCUUAACUGUGUUGGAACUCCAUAGUCCUGGAAGGGAAGCAGCAGACUUGGUGCCCUCUGUGGCCUUUUUACUCUUGGCCUUUCUAUAUGCACUUUUUAAAAAAUUUUCUUUUUUUUUUUUUCCUUUUUUUUUCUUUUUUAGGAAUUUUGAACCUUGGAAAGUUUUAGCAGUUUUGUUUCAUGUGUUUCUGUGAGUUGGGACGUUACACUGAAUCAGUGACUACUGCUCAGCCAAAAAGUGCCUCCUAAUUUACUUGAAGCCUCAAACCACUGUGGUAAUUAACUGGCCUUUAGUGUAAUAUAUUUCAUCUCAUUUCAAUGUUAUGUGUUGUUUGGUUCAUGGAUUUUUAUAGCUGUUAGUUUAAAAAGAAUAAGUAAUUUAUUUUUUGUUAUUUUUGUAAAAUACUUCUGAAGUUUUCAUCCCAAAGAUGCCUUGGAAAAUAUUUCUGUGUUAUUUGUUAUAACACAUAAGCUUGUGACAUAAGCUUGGAAAACAUAACCCAAUUAAUUGUUUUAAAACCAAAGUCAACUUACACACAAAGAUCAGUUCACAUUAGGGACUAGUCAGGUUUUUAAGAUUGGGGUUUUUUAGGUUUUUUUCCCCCCCCAAUUAGAAAUUGUACAAACAAAACCUGGGCGUUCAUUUCUCCCAGGUUCCUGUCAGAAUGACCUCCUGGCCAAAUCCUUCCCUGCUCCUUAUCCCAACAGCAACCCUGAGAGCUCCCAGCUGCUGUGCAGUCAGAUUUUGUUGUUUCCUCUGCUUGCAGAGCACUGUAAUCCCCUCUGCACUGCCAGGAUUGUUGAUUCAUCUCUUGUAAUGUUUCCUAAGUAGCUUGCGGUGCCUCGAUGGAUGCAGUGUGAGGGCACUACUUGAAACAUUCCCUGCUUCUUCACUGGAAAAGUAUUUACAGCAGCACAUUCUUGCCUUUUUAUUGGUACAAUGAACAGAUAUCUACCUGAUUCUUUAGCACUUUCCUGUAAUACACCAAGUAUUUGCAGAGAAUGCCAAAUACAAGUAAAGAUUGUAAUUUUGUAAGGUCAGGAUGAUUUAAAGUCACACUGUUUCAGUAGUAAAGCAGAGUUGCAAAACUCUAACUUUACCAGAAUUGAUGAAGCAAAGAAUAAAAAUGUUGGAAGUUGCUGAAGAACAGAAAAUGUUCCGUUUGUUUCUUCUUUUUUUCUCAAUAAUGUGGACAAACACUUCAAAAGGCUCACGAAGGAACUGUAUAUGGACCUCUUAGAUCUCAUCCCUCAUUAACAUAAAAUGUGUUUGUAGAAAGAGAAGACAGUCCCUUUUUCUGUCACAUCACCAGCAAAAUCUAAAACCCUCCAAGCCUCAGGGAAUUCCAGAUUCUCCAGCUCCACGGACUGACCUCCAGCUUGGUGAGUGGCAGACCCUCAAAAAGCCAAAAUGCUGAAAAAACAGCCGAUGAAGGAAGGAAAGGAAAUUAGAACUAGUGACCUGGAUAACACUACACGCAGAAGGCAGUUGCCAAAA